ACAAGAAAAAAUAAAAUUCAGAUCCUUUCAAUUUCCUUUCAACCAAAAACAAAAAAUAAAUAAAGUCUUCUCUUUCUAAACAAACACAAAACUCCCGACUCGACUUUUUUCCGGAUUCAAGUUUCGCAUUCAGCAAAUGGAGUCUGAUUACGCUAUUCUCGAUUCAAUUCGCAGACACUUACUUGGCGAAUCCGAGGUCCGAUUUGGAUCCAACAACAACAAUUCGGGCUUUUCCGCUCCGGUUUUCUGUCGGAGCUCCAGUUUCAGUAGCUUGCACCCGUGUCUAACCGAGAAUUGGGGCGACCUUCCACUCAAAGAGGACGAUUCGGAGGACAUGGUUCUCUUUGGUGUACUCCGCGACGCCAUGAAUGUCGGGUGGGUUCCAUCACUCGGGUCGGAUCGACCCGAAACCUGUUCUUUUGCUUACGCGGUGAAAGCUGAACCAGAGACUUUGCCGGCGGUGAGUGUGGUUCCACAAACGACGGUUAUCAAGACCGAAAUCCCGGAGGAGAAACCGGCGCCGGCGGUGGUUCCUCCCAAGGGGAAGCAUUACAGAGGAGUGAGGCAACGGCCAUGGGGCAAAUUCGCGGCGGAGAUUCGUGACCCAGCUAAGAACGGCGCCAGGGUUUGGCUCGGAACUUUCGAGACGGCUGAGGACGCCGCUUUGGCUUACGACCGAGCCGCUUAUCGGAUGCGUGGUUCGCGAGCUUUGCUCAAUUUCCCUCUCCGGGUGAACUCCGGUGAACCCGACCCGGUUAGAGUGACUUCGAAGAGGUCGUCGCCGGAACCAUCUUCGUCGUCGGAGAGUGGAUCUCCGUCGUUGAAGAGAAGGAAGAAGGGUUUCACUUCCGGGUCAUCGGGGCAACCCGGAGUUGUUGAAAUGGGUAAUGGAUUGGAGCAGCAAGUGGGAAGACAAGUUGCAACAGUUGGAGAACAGAUAUUGGUCAGCUAAAUUUGUGGAGGUGAAAUUGCCACUCUGAGGAACACAUUGUAAUUAUCUGAAGAGAAAAAAAAAAAAAAAAAAAAAAGAUUUUUAUUUUUUUGUUUGUUUUUUUUUUUUUCUUUUUAGGGGCUCCCAUAAUUUUGGAAAAUUAAUAUUUGUUAGAUAUGAAGAACAAAAGAAGUGAAAAAAAGAAAGUAAAAAAAAAAAAAAAAAAAGUUGGGAUAUGAGUGAGUGUUUGGCAUUGUGAAUACGAAAUUUGUUAUUUCUUUUGAACUAAAUUGAAAGUUACUAUUGGUAAUC